CGUUACAACAAAGCACAGUGUGGUUAUAUUUUAUAAAGUUUUUUUGUAUAAAAUAUAUAAUGGAAGAUAUCACAGCGCAAAAGGUUCAAGAAUACAAAGAUUCCCUUAAGACCAAGGCUGAACACCUACUGUUGAAAGGAUUUCCCGAGAAGAUUGUCAAGUUAAACGAACUAUUGGAGACACCUGGGUUUUGUAAUAGAAAACUAUCUGAUGUUCAUCAAGAUUUAAAUGUACCUAUUCCUGAUCCAAUAAUUCUCAAUCAUUCUGAAGAUGGACCUCCCACAAAGAAACUAAAAGCAGACAAUAGCAUAGACAAUACUAGUGGAACCAAAGUGCUGGUACUACCAAAUGGACCUAUACCUUGUAACAAACCUUUGUGUGAUCUUAUUUGCAUAGUUAAACCUUAUAUUCGACAAUUGCUGGAAGAUUCCAAUUUGUUGAAAAUGUGGAUUUCUUACCUAAUCCCAAAAAUCGAAGAUGGAAAUAAUUUUGGUGUGUCAAUUCAGGAAGAUACACUUGCUGAAAUACAAUCUGUUGAAACUGAAGCUGCUGCAUUUUUUGAUCAGAUAUCUAGGUAUUUCAUCUCCAGAGCAAAAGUUGUCAGUAAAGUUGCAAAGUAUCCACACAUUAGCGAUUAUAGAAGAGCUGUGCAAGAAUUAGAUGAAAAAGAGUAUGUGAGUUUGUGGUUAGUUAUGUGCGAAGUCCGUAAUCGUUACUGUUCUCUACAUGAUUUGGUAAUCAAGAAUUUGGAGAAGAUCAAAAAACCACGUUCUUCAAAUACGCAAUCCCUGUAUUAAAUUGCACACUAUACAUAUUAUUUAUACCUGAUAAUGUACAGGACGAUAAUGAAAAAGAAAAAAACCAAGAUAAACAUGUGCGACAUGAGAGACAUUAUUCUCAACAUUCUCACUGGAACAUUAGAAUUACUUUGUUUUCCCUGGUUCUACUAUUGCCCGUACGUUAAUUCGUUCAUUUGAGCGAUAUUCAAAGUGGCAUUACAUAUACAGAAGAUGAAGUACAUUUAACUCAUUCAUUUGUGGACCUGUAAAAUGAAUCAUUACUUUCUUUUGUCUUAAGGGUAUGCAUUGUUUCUAGAUUA